AAUAAAAGCGUUGUAAAAAACACAACAAAACUUUCUAUACAUACAUUGUAAAAAACAAAUAAGUAAACAAACCCAAUAAUGACAGCGAAAUCAAAGACGGAAUACGAUGAAAAGACGAAGGAGACUAUCAGCGAAAAGACCUUGAAAGACAUACUCUCCGAACAGUUGGAACGUGUUGGCUCCGGUGGCUUAUUUGUUUGGUCACUAUUCUUUCUCUGCGUAACACCAAAUAUUCUCAAUGGCUUUCAUGUCGCCUCAUACACACUGCUGGGGCACUUGCCGGACGAUCAGUGGUGCGCGGUCGCUGAUCUUCAAUCCACAAAUUGGACGGUUGAGCAACAACGUAAUAUAUCACAAAAAAAUCUCAACACAGGCGGUUGUACGAUAUGGAAUUAUGAUUACGCGAAACUGAGUACACUGUCCUACGAAGAUGCACUCAACUACACGUCCAACAAUGCAGCGCUCGCUUUGCCAGCGGAAAUACGUUGCACCUCGCACGGCGUCUACGCUUAUUCAGAUGCCGAGACCACAUUCGUGGCCGAAUGGGAUUUGGUGUGCGAUCGUGCCAUACAACGCACCUCAGCACAGGUGGCACUUUCUUUAGGAAAAUUUUUUGGUUCCUUCUCUUUCGGCGUUUUAGCGGAUAAAUUUGGGCGCAAGGCUUCCUUCACAUUGGGCGCUGCCUUUUUUAUAGUCGCCAGCCUUUUAUGCACAUUCUCGCCUUGGUAUGAACUCUUCUUAGCCGGCCGUUUCGGUUUGGGUGCUGCGUCAUCGGGCCUUUUUUAUCCUGCUUUCACAAUGAUUGUGGAAAAUAUCUGCCUGCGUCAUCGUUCCUGGAUGUCAAUCGCUUUUUCGGCCUCUUAUCCGAUUGGCAUGAUCUUAUUAGCCGUCGCUGCAUAUCUUGUGCCACAAUGGCGCUAUCUUCAGCUUACGCUCACAGUUCCAGCGCUGUUGUUGAUUCUUAAUUGCUGCCUAAUGAAUGAAUCGCCACGUUGGCUUAUAACGAAGAAACGCUACGAUCAAGCCUACAGAAUAUUAUUCAAGCAAAAGUGCCAUUAUGAAGUGAAGAAAGAAUCCAUUGAGGCUAUCACCGAUAAGGAAGCUGAAGCGCUGCCUGAACCGGAACUUUCACUUUGGACCAAGCUGAAAGAAGGUCCCCUCAAACAAUUCAAUGAACUGUUUGGCACUUGGAAAGUGCGCCGUCUCAUCUUUACCUCGUAUUUUAUGUUCUGUGUUACGUCACUCAGUUACUAUGUAACGGCGCUUAAUGCCGCCAAUUUAUCGGUAAGCCGAUAUCUUUAUGUAGCCAUUACCGGCAUGGUCGACCUGCCAUCAUAUUUGGUGCCAGUCAUAAUGUUACGCUACACAGGACGACGUCCAACUACAGUGUCGCUAUUUAUUUUAACCGGAGUGGCGUUACUAAUGGUGCUAGCAGUGCCCGCAGAUCAAACCGCUUGGAUAAUUUCAUUUGCAAUGUUGGGUCGUUUCGGCAUUAGCGCCACAUAUUCCAUUGUCACACUCUAUACCGCCGAACUGUAUCCCACCGAAAUACGGAAUUCGGCAUUGGGCACAUGCUCAACAUGGGCACAUGUGGGCUCAAUUUCAGCGCCUUAUGUCGUGGAUGUGCUGGGCAUGAUCGGCUGGUACAUUCCAACAACCAUUUGCGGUUGCUGCGUUAUUGUGGCUGGUCUGCUGACGCUCACUCUACCCGAGACAAGCACUCAUAAGCUUCCGGAUCGUAUUGAAGAGGUUCCAUCCGAAUCGGAAACAGAUUCGGAUGCCGAAGAUAGCACAACUUCCAAUAUCGCUAAGGUGAAAGAAAUCGAAAGUAAUAAAAAUAUUUAGAUCAAGGUGGUGUUGAGGCGACAGCUGAGUUUUUCGCCGUCGAGGGCAUUGCGUUAAAAUGAUGUGUUUGUUGUAACUCAUACCAAUGACAAUAUGGAUAUCUGCGCAUAAUUUGUUAGUGUAAUUUUUUACUUAUAUACGGCUAAUUCCGCCUUGUUAAAUACGCCUUGAUUUAGAUUUAGAUAUUUUUUUUUUGUAUUGCAAAAAGUUUGCAAAUGUUCCAUUGAUUAGCUUUAAGUUUAAAUAUAGUAAGAAAAAACGAAUGCAUCAUGGCUAGUGCUGUAGUCGAAAGUGUUAUAUAUAUGUAAUUGUAUAAGAACUAAAAAA